AGACACCCAGACGCUUGGAGCCCAGCUGGCAGCAUGAAGGCUCUUCUGGCUCUGUCGCUGCUGCUGCUUCUCUGCACUGGCCCCUGCGUCCCCCAGGUCUUGGGGAUCCGGGGAGAUGCUCUGGAGAGGUCAUGCCUACAGCAGCCCCUGGACUGUGACGACAUCUACGCCCAGGGCUACCAGGAGGACGGCGUGUACCUCAUCUACCCCUCGGGCCCCAGCGUGCCUGUGCCCGUCUUCUGUGACAUGACCACCGAGGGUGGAAAGUGGACGGUUUUCCAGAAGAGAUUCAACGGCUCAGUGAGCUUCUUCCGGGGCUGGAACGACUACAAGCUGGGCUUUGGCCGCGCCGAUGGGGAGUACUGGCUGGGGCUGCAGAACCUGCACCUCCUGACACUGAAGCAGAAGUAUGAGCUGCGGGUGGACCUGGAGGACUUCGAGAACAACACGGCCUUCGCCAAGUACGCCGAAUUCUCCAUCUCGCCCAACGCAGUCAGCGCCGAGGAGGACGGCUACAGCCUCCACGUGUCGGGCUUCGAGGACGGCGGGGCAGGUACCCGCUCCCGCCAGCCGCGGAGGGGCUGGGGGGAGUCCGGGCUGCCCCCGCACCCAGGCGGUCCCGCGAGCUGCGGACGCACAGUUACCCAGCGUCUGGCUCGGGAGAGGCCCCGUCCCCAGGCUGCCCCUCCCCUCCGCCAGGCGACUCCCUGUCCUACCACAGCGGCCAGAAGUUCUCCACCUUCGACCGGGACCAGGACCUCUUCGUGCAGAACUGCGCGGCCCUCUCGUCGGGCGCCUUCUGGUUCCGCAGCUGCCACUUCGCCAACCUCAACGGCUUCUACCUCGGCGGCUCCCACCUCUCCUACGCCAACGGCAUCAACUGGGCCCAGUGGAAGGGCUUCUAUUACUCCCUCAAGCGCACCGAGAUGAAGAUCCGCCGGGCCUGAGGCGCCGGCCCCGCCUCGCGGCCCCGCCCCCCUCUCUGCCGCCCCGCCCCGCUGCCCUCAGCGCCCGCCUCUCCCGGGGGCCCUGUGGCUCCAGCCCAACCUCUCCCCUCACACCCACGACGCCCACCUUUCGGCCGGGCCUCCGCUCCCCUCCACACGGCUACACGUCGGCGGCCUCCCAGACCUCCGGAAGGCACCGCCACCCGGCCUGGACUCGGACCCUGUCCGGAAGGCUGCGGGCCGGUGUCCCACCUUAGCCGGCUUCCCGACUGCGGCCUCCGCCAGGGCCCUGCGCCGGGAGACCGGCGGCGCAGUCCGACCCACUCCCGGCACACGCCACGCCACCUGCGUGUGGCCGCCACCGCCACGCCCUAGCAGUCCCGCCAGCCAGCAGAGAACCUCCCACCCUUCACCUCCCUCCCAGCGGCGAGCACCACAGGCCCCCAGCCCCGUGUCACUCUCCCGCUCAGCUUCCCCCGCCUGCACGUCCCAGGCACCCGAAGCUCGACAUCCAAACCGUGUCUCACCCCGGCUACCGCAAGCCACACUAGAACAGCCACAGCCAAGGUAGGCACAGCUUGUGAGGUCCCCCCACCCGCCCCGGGGGUGAGUCUGACCGUGCGAGGUGGCAGAGGGCAACCUUUGUGGGGCUGGGAGCAAGUGGGGAGUGGAGGUCUUAAUAAACCUCAGGACCUGAAUGAACUGGCCUUGGCUGUUGUGCACGCAGAUGCGUUUGCUUGGCCCCCAAGCUCUGGUUCCCCCACUGAUGGCACCCUGCCCUUAACUCCAGAAACACGCCCUGGAGACAGGCGCUAAAGGGAACCUUAUAUUUCACAGGCUUCGU